GUUGGUGAUUGGCACAUUUGGGAGACAUGUCAUUUCCUUAUCACCUGUAUUUUUGUGCAUAAAAUAAACUGAUUCUUAUGUAUAUUCCUAAAUUAUGAAAAAAAAUAUAUGCUCUAUAUAUUUAGAGCCCUAUAUUUUGUGACAUGAGUGGAAUUAACAGAUUUAGAGGGUUAAUCCGGCUUGCCUUUUGGUUAUGGAGGUGUAUGACCCAUAUAAUAGGAAAAAGCAGCUCCAUGCUGCCUGAUAGGGAGACCCAGGAAUAGAGAGGAGCCUGGGGUCCCAUUAUUUCCAUUAAUAUGUGGGAACCUUCCCUGGGGAGAGGUAGGGGGGCUUUGGCACAGAACUGCCUCCUGUUGAAAUAAGCUGUAGAGCUGUACUGGGCCUUAUCAUUUGUGCAAUUUUGAUCAUCAGAAAUCCACAGAGGGGGCCUAAAUCUCCAGCUUGUACAGGGCCCCAGAGGAGGUGUUUUUCCUUAGGGAUUUCCCAGCCUGACAGAAGUGAAUGGGGAAAGGCUGCAGAGCCUGGGAGAUCGCAUUCCUUUACUCUCCCCAGCCAGCAUCCUAAGGAUAUUCCCCCGCUCCCCCCCGCAAGUCUCUGGCCGCCUCCCCCGCUUCCUGGGGCUUCUCACAGGGUCACUGCGGAGCCCAUUGUGCCGCUGCCCCCUCCCUCCUCCGUCCCUCGGUGAAUCCCCGGCCGCAUUGUGUCUCUCCCGGCUGCGCUGAUGACAGAAGCUCCGCGUCACUGUGCGCACUCAGCUGUCACCCAGAUCCGCCUCCGUUGCCUUUAGUAGAUAUAAGUUACAUUCCGACACCCCUCCCUGCCAUGUGUCCUUCCCUUACACUGCGCUUAUAAGUCUCAGAGCUGAGCCGGCAGCGCACAGUGCAGCAUCUGAUAGCGCAACAACCGGGCGCAAAGUGCUGUAUCGGGCGCUAACCCAUUGGAUGUUAACUUGGUGCAGCUGGGAAGACGCACAAGUUGCUUACAGUACACACAGGUUCCAUAGCCAGGGCUAACUAAGCGGUCAUUGCGCAGCGGGCUGGCAUCACUCUGCCUCCCUGGAGCGCCUUCCGUUGCGCAUUAGCGGAUUCCCCCAUCCAAUUCCAUGCGGCUGCCCAACAUGUCCAGUAACUUUCUGCUUGCGCCCAUCCCGGAGAGCGCCGAUUACUUUACGGUCAGGGAUAUUAAAAUGGCAGUGAUGGGAACCAGCAGCGUUGGGAAAACAGCAAUGAUUGUGCGAUUCCUGACCAAAAGGUUCAUUGGAGAUUAUGAAGCCAAUACAGGGAAUCUUUACUCCAGGCUUGUGGUCAUGGAUGGGGAACAGACUUCUUUGCAAAUCCAAGACACCCCUGGAUGCAUUAAGGUGGAGGAAGAAGUGUCCCCAGAGGUUCUGAGAUACGUCCAGUGGGCCGAAGGCUUCCUUCUUGUCUAUUCAGUCACAGACUGCAGGAGCUAUCAGUGUAUCCGGCCUCUCUACCAGCACAUCCGCAAGGUUCAUUCAGACUCUAAGGUGCCGGUCAUUGUAGUGGCCAAUAAAGGGGAUCUGCUGCACGUGCGGGAGGUGUCACAUGACGCAGGCAUACAGCUGGCCAAUGAACUGGGCUGCUCCUUUGUGGAAAUCUCAACCAGUGAGAGCUGCCAGGAUGUGUGCGACGUGUUCCAGCACCUGUGCAAGGAAAUCACCAAGCUGCAGAGCGCCAAUCCCGCCGAAAAGAGGAGAGGCUCCAUCAUUCCCCGACCAAAAUCCCCCAACAUGCAGGAUUUAAAGAGACGCUUCAAGCAGGCCUUGUCUCCAAAAGUGAAAGCCUCCUCAACAGUAGCAUAGGGGCUUUCACUCAACAGGACUCAGUCUUUUUUUUUUUUAAUUUUUAUUAAGAUUUUCUUUAUUUUUAUACUGAAAUGAGCAAAAUUUACACAAAAAAAAAACAUUAUUGUUUAGUUUAUAUUUUAUUUAUAAAUAUAUAUUUUGUAAUGUAUUUUAUGGAUACACUGCCAGCCAUCAAACCUUCCACCCCAAUGUGUUCGAGCCUUAAUAAUAAAUAAUAUUCUAUUCUGCA